AUGGGAACAACAAAUGUCAAGCAAAAGCUGGAAGAGAUAAGGAAUGCUGGGAAAGAUAUCAGUACAAGGAAAGGCCAAGCAGCCCUUGCUUUACCCCAAAAGCCAGCAGAAUGUAAUCAAACAAUUUUUUGCAUCUAUAAAGGAGUCAAAGUGUUUUCAUUCUGCAAAAGAAAGAACUUGCUGCUGACAGGCGGAAUGGAUCGAAUAAUUAGAGUCUGGAAUCCUUACCUGCCUGGAAAACCAACAGGUAUGCUGAGAAGCCACACAGCUCCUGUGAUAUACAUCCAUAUAUCUUCUGAGGAUAACAAAGUAUUUUCCAUGUCAACUGACAACACUGUCAAGAUCUGGGAUCUGGAGACGCACAGCUGCUUGUUUACCGCCUCUUCCAAAGCCAGUGGCAUUAAGGGAGAACUCACAACCUGUCUGUAUCUCCCUGGACCUAGAGCCCUGUGUGUGGCCACUGAUGCUAUGGCUUUCCUUCACCUGAAACUGAGAUCUGCCCCAGAUCCCCACCUGGUGCUUUCCCACCGAGAGCCUGUCGUGUGCUGCAGGUACAACCCGACCUUCAGGCAUGUGGUCAGCUGCUGUGAAGCAUCUAUGGUGAAAGUAUGGGACUUUGAAACAGGAAGACAGUUGUCUGAAUUUUGGGGGACUCAUGGCAACACUAGCAUCACUUGUCUGACUUUUGACUCCAGCGGAAGAAGGCUCAUUACUGGGGGCAGAGAUGGCUGUGUGAAAAUAUGGAGCUACAACAAUGGACACUGUCUACACACCCUUCAGAAUGAUGAAAAACAAACUGAAGUCUGUGAUUGUACCUAUAUGGAGGUGAACCAAAAUAGGUGUAUCAUAGCUGUUGGAUGGGACAGAAGAAUAAACAUGUAUUUUGACAUAUCACGUGACUUUCAUCACUUCUGGAAGCCUCAGCCAUGUUGGCAGGAUGACCUGAACCAUGGGCACAAGGAGGACAUCCUCUGUGUAGCUCAGUGCCCACCUUUUCUUCUGGCCACUUCCAGCUUUGAUGGGGAGAUUAUAGUUUGGAAUGUCAUCUCAGGACACAUGUACUGCAAAUUGAACACUCCCAGCCCCUUGGAUGUCGUGGAUCAUAGAGAAGGCCUAGACAGAAGUGUCUCCCGCCUCGCCUUCUUAAAGACUCGGGCAGCCAAGUUGGACCCAGCAGCCGCAUCCCUCAUCACCAAUGGGCCUGGAGGUUCUGUCACCUUCUGGAAGCUCUUCAGUGGGGCUGGCCUCAUUGCUAACUUCACUCCUUCCAGAGGGAAAGCCCAGGUGAGCAGCAUCGCAGUAACAACAGGAGACACUCUCACCUACCUGGCUGACCAGCAGGGCUUUGUGCACGUCUGUGACAUCCAGGAGUACGGCCUCCAGGGACCAGAACUGCAGGCUCCUAAGACCGUGACCUUCUGGAGGGCUCACACCAGCAUGGUGACAUCCCUGGAGCUGAUAGAGGAAGAAAAUAUUGUGCUGUCAUCCUCCCUCGACUGUACUGUGCGUUUGUGGAGCAAAGAUGGGGCAUAUAUCGGGACCUUUGGGCAGAAUAACCCCUGGGAUAUUUUCACUCCUGCCUCCUGGAGUCACCUGGGAGUCCCCUUUGAGAUUUUGGCAGACCCCCAAAGCAUGCCUGCUCCCCUAGUACUGGAAACAGAUAUUCCUACUGGGAACUCUGAAGGACAGGAGGAGCAGGACAAUAGAAGGGAGGAGAAGGCCUGGUCUGAGACUAAAAAUACCUCUAACCUUCCCUCUCCAGAAGAUUCCAUUGUUGAAGCAGAGGCAAAAGAAGAUAAAAGCCGAUGGUCUGCAUGUUGCCAUGACAGAUUGUUGCCAGCACAGAAUAAGCCUUGCCGGAAGGUGCCGGAGCCCAAGUGGCCCAGUAUUUACCAGACUCUCCGGUGCCAUGAGGUUGCCUGCGUGUCUGCUCCCAGAGAGAAACCAGAUUUAUCUAUUAUUGGCUCUGACUUGUUCGAUGUGAAUUUCCUCACGAAGGAAAAGGAAGCAGAGCUUCCCAGAAGGAAGGAAUACUGACCUAAUAGCUGUUUCCCUGUUUGAGUGCUAUUUCUUUUUCUUGA